AUGGGAUUCCUUCUAGUCUUCGAUCUGACCAAUGAGAAGAGCCUCCUUAGCUGCCGCGAGUGGAUGAAUCUACUCUGUCAGCAUGCCUAUUGCGAACGGCCUGAUGUAAUUCUGGUAGGAAAUAAGGCGGAUAAGACGGAAGAACGUGUUAUAUCUACCUCCGAUGCGCAGAGAUUGGCUCAAGAGCUGCAAGUGCCCUACAUCGAGACCAGUGCAUUGAGCGGAAAGAAUGUCUCCGCAGCGAUUGACAUGCUUCUAGACUUGGUAAUGAAGCGGAUUGAGGAGUCGGUCACCAAGACUCGAGUUCACAAGGCCACAAAGAACUCCAAUGGAGGUAUCCACCUUGAAAAUGCAAAUUCCACCAAAAACAAAUCGUGCGCCUGUUAA